AUGGCAAGCCUGCUCCCUCCCACAGGCAACAACGUUUUCCGCCACUUCACCCCAGAGUCACUGGUGGAGAUCGAAAGGCUCAUCAAUAAGAAGAUAAGCAGGGAGGAAGCAGAGGGUGACGAUGAGGAACCACAGGCACCGAGCAGUGACCUGGAGGCAGGGAAGAGCCUGCCCAUGAUCUGUAGCGACCCACCAAAGGAUCUCCUCAACACCCCUCUAGAGGACAUAGACCCCUUCUACAAAGCACAGAAAACGUUUAUUGUGAUAAGCAAGGGGAACACUAUCUACAGGUUCUCUGCCGAACCAGCGCUGUUUCUUAUCAGUCCUUUUAGUCCCGUCAGAAGAGGAGCCAUCAAAAUUCUUAUACAUUCAUAUUUUAGUAUGCUCAUCAUGAUAACCAUCCUCUCCAACUGCGUGUUCAUGACGAUGAGUAAUCCUCCGGCCUGGAGUAAAACUGUUGAAUAUGUUUUUACUGGUAUAUAUACAGUUGAAGCAACCAUCAAAGUUUUGUCUCGAGGCUUCUGCAUGGGACCUUUCACAUUCCUCCGUGACCCAUGGAACUGGCUUGAUUUCAUGGUGAUCAGCAUGGCGUACAUCACAGAGUUUGUAGACCUCGGUAAUGUGUCAGCACUGAGGACGUUUCGUGUGCUCAGAGCUCUCAAAACAAUCACUGUUAUUCCUGGUUUGAAAACCAUUGUUGGGGCUCUGAUACAGUCUGUCAAGAAGAUGGUAAACGUGAUGAUUUUGACCGUCUUUGCACUGGCUGUUUUUGCCCUCAUUGGCCUGCAGUUAUUCAUGGGAAAUCUACGUCAUAAAUGCAUCCGUUGGCCGAUCCCCAACAGCACCAUCUUUGACGAAUACAACUCCACUAUGGUCAAUGACACCAUCCUCAACAUCACAGAUACUUUCGAUUUCAAAGCUUACAUAGAAAAUGAAGAAAACCAGUACUUUCUGGAGGGAAGUUUAGAUGCUUUAUUAUGUGGUAACAGCUCUGAUUCUGGGAAGUGCCCUGAAGGAUACACAUGUAUGAAGGCUGGACGGAACCCAAACUAUGGCUACACCAGCUAUGACAGCUUUGGCUGGGCCUUUCUCGCCCUCUUCAGAGUCAUGACUCAGGACUAUUGGGAGAAUCUCUUCCAGUUGACCCUUCGUGCAGCUGGGAAGACCUACAUGAUCUUCUUUGUGGUGGUCAUCUUCCUGGGGUCGUUCUACCUGAUUAAUCUGAUCUUGGCUGUGGUUGCCAUGGCUUAUGACGAGCAGAACGAAGCCACCAUGGCUGAGGCCAUUGCAAAAGAAGAGGAAUUUCAGAGAUUGCUUGAGCAGCUCAAGAACCAAGAACAAGAGUUUGUCUUUAUAUAUCAUAAAUUACAGACAGGCAGUAAAGACUCUUUGGCCAGCAAGACAACAGGGUCAAACAGGACAGGUUCAUUACAGAGUCUUGGAGGUGAUGACGUCAUAAAGGAAUUUAAUGGCAAAAUAGUUCCUCACCUCAUUGUAAACAGAGUCCCCUCCUAUGACAGAGAGGUAAUACAACUCAUUCUUGACAUAGACCACAAAUCCUUGUGCUCUAAACACAGUAUGCAGUACCUGGACCAGCCCAAACUCUCCAAGAGAACAGCCAGUGCUAUCAGUGUGCUCACUGCAACUAUGGAUGAGUUGGAAGGUGUCCAGAGGCCUUGUCCGCCAGGCUGGUAUAAGUUUGCGGACAUUUUCCUUAAAUGGGACUGCUGUGCUCCCUGGCUCAACUUUAAGAAGUGGGUUCUUUUUGUAGUGAUGGACCCAUUUUCUGAUCUUGGUAUCACCAUCUGCAUUGUGCUCAACACACUGUUCAUGGCCAUGGAGCACUACCCCAUGAGUCCGGAUUUCGAACAUGUUCUCUCAGUGGGAAACUUGGUAUUUACAGGAAUCUUCACAGCUGAAAUGGUGUUCAAGCUUAUUGCUUUGGACCCUUACUACUAUUUCCAGGUGGGCUGGAAUAUAUUCGACAGCAUCAUUGUCACUUUCAGCCUGGUAGAGUUAGGACUGGCCAAUGUCCAGGGCUUGUCUGUUCUCAGGUCCUUCCGUUUGCUGCGAGUCUUCAAACUGGCUAAAUCUUGGCCCACCCUGAACAUGCUGAUCAAGAUCAUUGGCAACUCAGUUGGAGCUCUAGGGAACCUGACGCUUGUCCUGGCCAUCAUCGUCUUCAUUUUCGCCGUUGUGGGCAUGCAGCUCUUUGGCAAGAGCUACAAGGAAUGUGUGUGUAAGAUCUCUGAAGACUGUGACCUGCCUCGCUGGCACAUGAAUGACUUCUUCCACUCUUUCCUCAUAGUCUUUCGUAUCCUGUGUGGAGAGUGGAUCGAGACCAUGUGGGAUUGCAUGGAGGUGGCAGGAGCUGGCAUGUGUUUGCUGGUCUUCAUGCUGGUCAUGGUCAUUGGUAAUUUGGUGGUGUUAAAUCUGUUCUUGGCCCUGCUGCUUAGCUCCUUCAGUGGGGAUAACCUGUCUGGAGGUGAUGAAGAUGGUGAGAUGAACAACCUACAGAUCGCCAUUGGCCGCAUCACCAGGGGUAUAGAUUGGUUCAAAGCCUUUGUCACCAGUAUGGUGCAACAGAAUCUUGGAAAGAAACCUCCUGAUGACAAUAAGGGAGAAGGGGAAGGGGACAUAGAACUGUACUCAUUAAACCACCUGGAUGGGGGGAAAAUGGCAGAUGGCUUAACCAACUGUUUAAAGUCUCCAACCCUGAGGGUACCGAUUGCUCGUUGUGAGUCUGAUGUUGAAGACGAGAGCUCAGAUGAAUCUUCUGAUGAAGAGGAGAAAAACGUCGCUCUUCAUGAUGAUGACUCCUCAGUGUGUAGCACAGUGGACUACAAGCCUCCAGAACCCGAGCCUGAGCCCGAAGAGGAAGAGGAACCAGAACCUGAAGAGCCAGAGUCCUGUUUCACAGACGGCUGUGUUAGGCGAUGUCCAUGUUUGAGUGUAAACAUCACAGAAGGAUGGGGGAAAAGGUGGUGGAACCUUCGAAGAACGUGCUUCACCAUCGUUGAGCAUGACUACUUUGAGACCUUCAUCAUCUUUAUGAUCCUCCUCAGCAGUGGAGCACUGGCUUUUGAGGAUAUCAAUAUAGAGCGCCGUAGAGUGAUCAAGAUCAUCUUGGAGUAUGCUGACAAAGUCUUCACUUACAUUUUCAUAGUGGAGAUGUUUCUGAAGUGGGUGGCAUAUGGUUUCAAGACCUAUUUCACCAAUGCAUGGUGCUGGCUAGACUUCCUAAUUGUGGAUGUGUCACUUGUCAGUUUAACAGCCAAUUUGUUGGGCUAUUCUGAGUUGGGACCAAUCAAAUCUCUCAGAACGCUCAGGGCUCUUCGACCCCUUCGAGCGCUGUCAAGAUUUGAGGGAAUGAGGGUGGUGGUAAACGCUCUAGUUGGUGCCAUCCCCUCUAUUUUUAAUGUGCUUCUGGUGUGUCUGAUAUUCUGGCUCAUCUUCAGCAUCAUGGGCGUCAAUCUAUUUGCUGGAAAGUUCUACCACUGCAUCAACUCUACGACGGAGGAACUUUUCCCUAUAGAUGUGGUCAACAACAAGAGUGACUGCAUGGCUCUGAUGCACACUAAUGAGGCACGCUGGGUCAAUGUAAAGGUCAACUAUGACAAUGUGGGACUUGGCUACCUCUCUCUUCUGCAAAUUGCCACAUUUAAAGGCUGGAUGGACAUCAUGUAUGCUGCAGUGGAUUCUAGAGAGGUGGAGGAGCAGCCAUCGUAUGAGAUCAACCUCUACAUGUAUCUAUAUUUUGUUAUUUUCAUCAUUUUUGGCUCCUUUUUCACACUCAACCUCUUCAUUGGUGUCAUCAUUGACAACUUCAAUCAGCAAAAAUCCAAGUUUGGAGGGAAAGACAUAUUCAUGACAGAGGAACAGAAGAAGUAUUACAACGCCAUGAAAAAGCUGGGUUCCAAAAAACCUGCUAAACCAAUACCCCGGCCAACAAAUAUUAUACAGGGUGCUGUGUUUGACAUUAUAUCACAACGAUUCUUUGACAUCUUUAUCAUGGUGCUUAUCUGCCUCAAUAUGGUGACCAUGAUGGUUGAAACAGAUGACCAGAGCGCUGAGAAAGAGGAUAUCCUCUACAAGGUCAAUUUGGUCUUCAUUGUCAUCUUCACAGGGGAAUGCAUUCUUAAGAUGUUUGCACUCAGACAUUACUUUUUCACUAUUGGCUGGAAUGUCUUUGAUUUUGUUGUGGUCAUCCUGUCUAUAGCAGGUCUAAUGUUAUCAGACAUCAUUGAGAAGUACUUUGUGUCUCCCACCUUGUUCCGUGUCAUCCGACUUGCUAGAAUCGGCCGCGUGCUGCGUCUCAUCAAAGGGGCAAAAGGCAUAAGAACUCUUUUGUUUGCCUUGAUGAUGUCACUUCCUGCCCUCUUCAACAUCGGACUGCUUCUAUUCCUCAUUAUGUUCAUCUUCUCCAUCUUCGGCAUGUCUAACUUUGCCUAUGUGAAAAAGCAGGCAGGCAUCGAUGACAUUUUUAACUUUGAAACAUUUGGUGGCAGCAUCAUCUGCCUGUUUGAAAUCACCACUUCAGCAGGCUGGGAUGGGCUUCUGCUGCCUAUUCUGAACAGUGGCCCUCCAGAUUGUGAUCCUAACAUAGAGAACCCUGGUACAGACGUUAAGGGUAACUGUGGGAAUCCUGGCAUGGGCAUCAUGUUUUUCUGCAGUUACAUCAUCAUGUCCUUCUUGGUGGUCGUGAACAUGUACAUUGCAAUUAUUCUAGAGAACUUUAAUGUCGCUCAAGAGGAGAGUGGAGACCCGCUUUGCGAGGAUGACUUUGUAAUGUUCGACGAGACUUGGGAAAAGUUUGACGUCGAUGCAACACAGUUCAUCGAAUACAGCCGCUUAUUUGAUUUUGUUGAUACCUUGCAGGAGCCGCUACGAAUUGCCAAACCCAACCGCCUCAGACUGAUCACCAUGGAUCUACCCAUUGUAACAGGUGACAAAAUCCACUGCCUGGAUAUUCUUUUGGCAGUUACUCGAGAGGUUCUGGGUGACACCAUCGAGAUGACUGCCAUGAAGGAGAGCAUUGAAGCAAAGUUCAUGAUGCAUAACCCCACCUCUGCCUCUUUUGAGCCAAUUACCACCACUCUCAGGAGAAAGGAGGAAGAGCGUGCAGCCAUUAUAAUUCAACGAACAUACCGCAGACAUCUACUCCAACGUUUUGUCCGCCAUGCCUGUUUCAUGCAUCGUUCGAAGAGGAUAGUUAGGAGUCAGGAGAAUGAAGAACCUCCUGAAACCAAGGGGUUGAUUGAAAAGAAAAUGAAUGCCUUCUAUGGCAACGAUACAGAACUUGCGAUGACUCUUGAGGUGAAGGCUAAGCCUAUGCCACUUAAUACACAGCCACCCAAACCCACCUCAGCCACACAGCAAUGGGCAUCAGUAGCCUAUCCCCAACCAGCGGGACAACUUAUAGUCCCAGUGGAGCUCACAAGAGAGGUGAUUCUCCAAUCUGCACUCACAACAAUGCAUAACCUCUCCAGUUCAGAGAAAGCAGGACCUCGGGAGUCAACAGUAUAACUGGGGGACAAUGCCUGUGGACAGUGGACUAAGGACUAAGGUUAUCCUUCUAACAUGGGAGAUAUGAGGUGUAAAAUGGAGUAUCAUCUGUAUGCACUGAACAUCACCGAUGCUCCAAAAAACAUGAAAAGGAUUACCCAUAAUCAUAAGACAACUAAGGUGUGACAGGAUUGCAGUGCUAUGUCUUGGAAGCACUGUUUUUAUUUAAACUUUUUUUAAGACCUGUUUUAGUCAGGAUUUGUCUUCUUAUUUGUUCUCAAUUAGAAAUGUCUUAGGAGAUUCCUCAUUUGUUUAGCCAAGUUCUUUAUGUGACAUAUCCACUAUGAUAAAUUAAUACAAGGCUGUGAGGGAUAGACUCUACUGUCAAUAGAUUCAAUAGAUUCUACUGUCCAGAUUGAUCACACUGUGAAUUCGUCAACACGAGGGUGUAAAGUUCUACUAACCGUAAUUCGAAACCACUGCCCCAGUGGCAAAGGCUGGAAGUAUUGGUGAAAUGUCCACAGAGUGACACUAAUAGUGAGUUUUAUUUUUAGUUGUAAACGAUGCAAUACAGUCAACAGGAAUGCAUAUUUUAUUAAAGGGGUCAUGACAUGAGAAACCAAAUUUGCCUUGAUCUUUUGGUAUAUAAGAGGUCUUUGUAUCAUUAAAACGUCCUGCAAGUUUAAUAUUUUAAGACGUCCUCCCCAUUCUAAACGAAUCAUUUAUUUAAUCAAGCUCAAAAUACAGCUCGUUCUGGAUUCAUGGUUAGAAGUGACGUGACGGUUAGAAGUGACGUACCAGCGUUUGCAUAUGACCGCCUCCAGCACAAGAUAACUACGCUUUAAGCGCAAUGAACAGAUGUGCUGUUCCUGGCUGUGGUCAAACAAAACCUCUGAAUAAGCUGCCGAAAGAUCCAGACGUCAGGGAAAAAUGGAUGCAGUUUAUUUUUUGCGGACGUCCCAGUCACGGCAGUGUUAACUUAAGCGUUUGUUCUGUACAUUUUAAGGAUGACUGUUUUGAGAACAAAUCUCAAUAUGAUGCUGGCUUUGCCAGAAAACUGUUGCUCAAAGAUAAGUCCGUGCCGACUAUUCUGGGAACAACGACGACGCAAACUGUAAGUAAUCUAUUUUAAACUUUAAACUACUUUUUAAAGCGCAAUUUCAUUCAUUAUGAAUAAUCACAGUGUUUUUACUUAGUUUACUUGCAUAUUGUUCUGGCUGGGGGCGUCAAUAAUUGAUACAUAGGCACUGACAUUAGCCAAUCAUAACAGUGGGCGUUAACACUGAAGUCUUAAAUGGAAAACGCCCCCAAAACAGACUGUUUGAAUCAGAGGAUGAGAAACAGGGUGGGAAAAGGUCAUAAAUCACUAGAUUUUAAACGUUUUUCUUAAAAAAAAAUAUAUUAAUACUAUAAUUGCACCUAAGGGAACAUAAUAAUACAAUAAAAAAACCCAUGUCAUGACCCCUUUAACUAUGCUCCCUAGCCCAAACUCCAACUCUAAACCUAAGCACCAGUGGAGUACAAAUUUAAUUUUAGAGUGAAAAUGCAACCUCAGAUUCACUUGUGAAUGUGAUUACUUCCUGGAAUCCACGGGACCAGAACUCAUGUGUCUGAGGUUGCUCGAGCAACAUCAGUUUUGAUAGAGGCAAAGGUGAGAACAUGUUUGAAUCAAUGCAAAAUUGUCUGAUGGGGGAGGCUGCUUUUGAGCAAUUCUACAGAAUAAGGUUGAUUUCAGGAUACAUAUAAAUUUGGAAACAGCUUGUCGAUUUCCAGUGUGAUUGUGCUGUACUGUCUUAAAGUUACAUGUUUUUGUCCACUGGCAAUUUUCCUGGAAAGAUGUGUUUUUAUCCCUCAACAUACAUGACUUUCCAUCACAGCUUUGUUUUCUUUGGAGUAAAAUUUAAUAUUGAGCCUUUUCAGACUAAGGUACCUACCCAUUAAUCUUAUGUAGAUAUGUGGUAACAGUGAUAUAUUUCUUUAGGUGUUUUAAAGCACAAAUUCCUCAAUAGGCUCCCAUUUUAGAGAUUCAUCCUUGUUUUUAUCUUGUCUUAAAUUAUCCCUUUGUUACUAGUUGCACCAGUCUAGCCUGUUUUAUCUUUGUUAGUUUGUUUUUUCUGAUUCUGUCCAGUAAUGUGCAAAUAAUUAAUGCUACAAUAUACAUAUACAGUAUAUUUAAGUUUAAAAUAUAUUAUAACAUAUGAAAUAUACUUAUAAAACUAAGUUAAUGCUGCAUAGACAUCAAGAACCAAAACCACUGGUACUGAUCAUCACUCUUUUACACGUCUUUUCAGUCUGUCCUCAGACUUUCCCUUGCACUAUUUAUAAUCUCAGUUCAUGGCAUACCAGUUUACAGCAAUAGGUGGAACGAGUAGAGCAGAAAGUGAUCUAUUACAGGGGUGUAUACAGUAUAGUCACACUGAGCGUAAAGUGCAACUACGAAAGACAUACAUAAACAGGGCAUUUAUUUUUUUGCAGUUUAUUAUUUGCAGCGUAAUAGUUGCACUUUACAUGCACUGUGACUAAAUGUGCAUAUGGUAAGUUUGGCUGCUUCCACAUUUUUGCUUUUUUAAUCAGUUGAAUAUUAAAAGCAUUGUAUAAAUGGAAAUUGCCCAACCCUCUGCUGCUCAUUACCUCUAACACACAACGCUGAGGAUUGCUUUUAAAAUCACUGAUAAACACACACACAAAAAAGCAUGAAUGCUAGACCAGCACUAAAACUGCACUAACCAGCUUAAGCAGGCAUGGAAAUACAUGCUAAGCUAGACUUUCCAGCAAGAAUAUCCAUUGAAGAAUAAAAUGUGGAAAUUUGACUACCAGUGACGACUAUGUUGCAUCAGUAUGUAGUCCCAUAAUGCUUUAUCACUUAUUCCCUUUUUUCCACUUAACUUUUCUAAAGAUACAAAAACCUGAAAAGUUCCAUUUGUAUUCCCAUAGACAAUUCUUAAUUUAUGUGUAAUUUAUGUAACAUUUAUGUUUGAUAGUCAGCUCAUGUUAUUAUGGUUGUGAAACACAAUGGUUGCACAUUUCUUUGAAUUCCUUUCAUUUAAGAAAUGAUCAAAGAAUUUAGAAAUCUAAUUGUAAUUUUUAAAUAUUAUCAAGUUAAUUAUCCACUCUAUUAGUCCCUGAUUCAUAAAUUAAUUACUGACAUACUGUAGAAGUUGAGAAGUUGUAUGUGUUAUACAUUAAUUGAAUGAAUGAAAAUGUGCUAGCUUUAGCGAGUUUUGAAGUCUUAAUGUGACAGCAAAUGUCUUAUUUCUUAAAAUGUGGAAUUUAUAGAUUAAGCACUUUUGAGAGUUUUAUAAUUACCUCUUGUAUAUUUUUUAGAUUUGUUCUCUCAUUACCAAAAAGCAUUAACACGCUCUUAUGUUAAUAUAAUUAUCUCAUUGUGCAUCCUGCACUUUUGCUUUCAUAUUGAUAAUGUUGAUACCGCAGAUCAUUUUUUAUUGUUUACAUUUUUAUCAAAAAAGAGAGAAAUUUCAGUGCUUUAGGAAGUUAGCUCUCAUCGUAUUGCCUGUAUAUACAUGUUGCAAGAUAGAAGCGUUUUAUCAGAUGUUAUCUUAUCUUUGUAUUAUCACUUUAAAAAAAACUUUCAUUAAAUCUGCAUUUACAAAUGUUAAAAUAAUAAAUUAGAUAAGACCAUGUGGGUCUCUGGCUGUAUGCUUUGAAGGUUAGAAAUUGCAAACUCGUCUCAUGUCUCAUGAGUUUAGUGCAGUUUUACAGUCUUAGUGUACUAUAAUUUUUUGUUUGCCAUAUGUUUUCCCAGAGGUGUUUAUCAAGCCUAUUUCUCCAUUAGACUUGUGCUCCAUCUCACUUUUUCUGCAUGUCACAGUGGCCCCUGCCCUUAUAGCUGUUCUUGUUUAACACCUUCUAUGUUUACCCACAGCUAAGUGAUGUCUUCACUUCAGGUAACAAGUCUUACAGUUAUAACUUGCCAUUUGUGCUAUAGGGAUUUUAAUUGACAAAUUACAUUGAAACAAAUUAUCUGUUCCUUCUGAUAUUCAUUGACAGCUGAAAAAUAACAAAUAUUAACUAGUGUGGUUACUAUUGAGUGCUUAGAAUUGUUUUUCUAUGCAGAAUAUUUUAUUGGACAAUAAAGUU